CCGGGCCCGGCAUGGUGCGGCGUCGCGGCCGAUGGCGCUGAGGCGGAGCAUGGGGCGGCCCGGGCUCCCGCCGCUGCCGCCGCCGCCGCCGCCGCCGCCGCCGCUGCCGCUGCUGCUGGCCGGUCUGGCCGCUCUGCUGCUGGCGGAGCCCGCGGCCGCAGGCCUGAAGCUCAUGGGAGCCCCGGUGAAGCUGACCGUGUCUCAGGGGCAGCCAGUGAAGCUCAACUGCAGUGUGGAGGGAAUGGAGGAGCCCGAGAUACAGUGGGUGAAGGACGGGGCUGUGGUCCAGAGUGUGGAUCAGGUGUACAUCCCAGUCAGUGAGCAGCACUGGAUUGGCUUCCUCAGCCUGAAGUCAGUGGAGCGCUCUGAUGCAGGCCGGUACUGGUGCCAGGUGGAGGAUGGGGGUGAAAUGGAGACCUCCCAGCCAGUGUGGCUCACGGUAGAAGGUGUGCCAUUCUUCACUGUGGAGCCGAAAGAUCUGGCAGUACCACCCAAUGCCCCUUUCCAACUGUCUUGUGAGGCCGUGGGCCCCCCUGAACCUGUUACCAUUGUGUGGUGGAGAGGAGGCACGAAGGUGUGGGGGCCCGCUCCCUCUCCCUCUGUUUUAAAUGUAACAGGGGUGACCCAGAGCACCGUGUUCUCCUGUGAAGCUCACAACCUUAAAGGCCUGGCCUCUUCUCGCCCAGCCACUGUUCGCCUUCAAGCACUGCCUGCAGCCCCCUUUAACAUCACAGUGACAAAGCUCUCCAGCAGCAAUGCUAGUGUGGCCUGGACACCAGGGGCCGAUGGCCUGGCCCUGCUCCAAUCCUGUACGAUCCAGGUGACACAGGCUCCAGGAGGCUGGGAGGUCCUGGCUGUUGUGGUCCCCGUGCCACCUUUUACCUGCCUGCUCCGGGACCUGGCACCUGCCACCAACUACAGCCUCAGGGUGCGCUGUGCCAACGCCUUGGGGCCUUCUCCAUAUGCUGACUGGGUGCCCUUUCGGACAAAGGGCCUAGCCCCAGCCAGCGCUCCCCAGAACCUCCAUGCCAUCCGCACAGACUCAGGCCUCAUCCUGGAGUGGGAAGAAGUGAUCCCCGAGGGCCCUUUGGAAGGCCCCCUGGGACCUUAUAAAUUGUCCUGGGUUCAGGACAAUGGAACCCAGGGUGAGCUGACAGUGGAGGGGACCAGGGCCAACUUGACAGGCUGGGAUCCGCAGAAGGACUUGACUGUGCGUGUGUGCAUCUCCAAUGCAGUUGGCUGUGGGCCCUGGAGUCAGCCACUGGUGGUCUCUUCUCAUGACCAUGCAGGCCAGCAUGGCCCUCCCCACAGCCGCACAUCCUGGGUGCCUGUGGUCCUGGGUGUGCUGACAGCCUUGGUGACGGCCGCGGCCUUGGCCCUCAUCCUGCUUCGAAAGAGGCGGAAGGAGACACGGUUCGGGCAAGCCUUUGACAGUGUCAUGGCCCGGGGGGAGCCGGCCGUUCACUUCCGGGCAGCCCGGUCCUUCAAUCGGGAGCGGCCUGAGCGUAUCGAGGCCACAUUGGACAGCUUGGGCAUCAGCGAUGAACUCAAGGACAAACUGGAGGAUGUGCUCAUCCCUGAGCAGCAGUUCACCCUGGGCCGGAUGUUGGGCAAAGGAGAGUUCGGUUCAGUGCGGGAGGCCCAGCUGAAGCAGGAGGAUGGCUCCUUUGUGAAAGUGGCCGUCAAGAUGCUGAAAGCUGACAUCAUUGCUUCAAGUGACAUUGAAGAGUUCCUCAGGGAAGCGGCUUGCAUGAAGGAAUUUGACCACCCACACGUGGCCAAGCUUGUUGGGGUGAGCCUCCGCAGCAGGGCCAAAGGCCGUCUCCCCAUCCCCAUGGUCAUCUUGCCCUUCAUGAAGCACGGGGACCUGCACGCCUUCCUACUCGCCUCCCGGAUUGGGGAGAAUCCCUUUAACCUGCCCCUGCAGACCCUGGUCCGGUUCAUGGUGGACAUCGCCUGUGGCAUGGAGUACCUGAGCUCCCGGAACUUUAUUCACCGAGACCUGGCUGCUCGGAAUUGCAUGCUGGCGGAAGACAUGACAGUGUGCGUAGCUGACUUUGGGCUCUCCCGGAAGAUCUAUAGCGGGGACUACUAUCGUCAGGGCUGUGCCUCCAAAUUGCCUGUCAAGUGGCUGGCCCUGGAGAGCCUGGCUGACAACCUGUAUACUGUGCACAGUGACGUGUGGGCCUUCGGGGUGACCAUGUGGGAGAUCAUGACUCGUGGGCAGACGCCGUAUGCUGGCAUUGAGAAUGCUGAGAUUUACAACUACCUCAUUGGCGGGAACCGCCUGAAACAGCCUUCAGAGUGUACAGAGGACGUGUAUGAGCUCAUGUACCAGUGCUGGAGCGCCGACCCCAAGCGGCGCCCGACCUUCACGUGCCUGCGGAUGGAGCUGGAGAGCAUCCUGGGCCACCUGUCCGUGCUGUCCACCAGCCAGGACCCCUUGUACAUCAACCUGGAGCGAGCCGAGGGGCCCGCCGAGGGAGGCCCCCUGCAGCUGCCUGGCGGGGACCAGGCCAGCAGCGGGGCCGGGGAUGGCAGCAGUGUGGGGGCAGCGGGGGGCACCCCCAGUGACUGUCGGUACAUCCUCAGCCCUGAGGGGCUCGCCGAGCGGCCCGGGCAGGAGGAGGAGUCGCCGGAAAGCCCCGCCAGUGAGGCCCGGAGGCGGCUCCUGCAGCAGCAGGGGCUCCUGCCCCACAGUAGCUGUUAGCCCACAGGCUGAGCGCGGCCGGGGCGUGCUGCUGGCUGUGAUGCUGGCCGAGGACCCUGGCCCGGGCCGCGCGGCGUGGGGGCUCCUGUGGCAGUCCUCCCAAGCUGCGCUGGAAGCCUGGACCGACCAAAUGGCCAAUCCCAGUUCUUCCUGCGGCCACUCUGGGCUGCCUGGCAUCGGCUCAGGCCGGGCCGGGUGGAGGUGGGCCCGGCCUGGUUGCCUAAACCCAGGCAGCUGGCAGGAGGGGGGUGGUUAUGUUUCCAUGGUUACCGUGGGUGUGGAGAGGAGUUGGGGGAGGGUAGAUCCAGCCCUGUGGGCCUCUACCCUCUGGCCGAGCUGCCCCUGCUGCUUUAGCGCAUGCACUGAGGUGUCUCUCACCCCGGGGGCCCCAGCCCUGCCCAUGCUCGGGGUUUAAGUGUCCGGUUUUGCUCUUCCUCACAAAGAGAUGCCCUUGUGUUAUUCCCCUGUAGGUGAGAGUUGGUAAGGGGUUGAUACAGUCAGGUCCCAAGUGCUGAGAGACAGUGGGGCACUCCCAGGUCUGAAUCCUCGUCCCCUUCCUGAUGACCCAGCCCGCCUAGGCCAGGAGUCAAGUGCAGCUGACCAGGUCACAGCAAGGCAUGCUGGAUCACUGCAGGCUGCCAUUUGCCCAGCCUCUAAAGGCAGGGCACCCAGCCUGGCAAGAGGAAGGGGUGCUGUAGGCCCUGCCCAGGAAUGCGUGAGGCCAGAGAGGAGUCCAGGAGCCCCUCUUUACGCCCUCCCACAGUCUGUCUGAGCAUGCUACCAAAUCCCAAAAUAUCCUAAGACUAACAAAGGCAGCUGUGUCUGAGCUCAAUCCUUCCAUGCAGCGUCCCUUAGUCCCAGUUUUCCCUCUCCCUGGAGACCCUCUUCUGUCCCAAAUCUCCAGAGACAGAGAGAAAAUAGGCCUGAUGGUUGGCGUGGGUGGGGGGGAGUUACUGGAGCCUGGACCCCAGCCCUGGCUAGGGGAGCCCCCGGAUUGCAUGGGGCAGGCCCCUGCUGUUAGGGAUAUUUCCAAGCCGUUAGAAGCUGUUUAAAAACAGAAAUAAAAUUGAGAGCUAAAGACCCAAGGCUUUGUCUCUUAACUGUUUACUUUUUUCCAGAUCGCAAAAAUGAAGCAUCUCUGCAUAGAGAAAAAUCUGGAAAGACAUAUGCCAAAAUGUUAACAGCUGUUAUCUUUACAUGAUGCAUACCAUUCCAUACUUGUAGGAAUGUAUCCAUAGAAAAAUUCCUAAAAGAAAAGUUGCUGAAGGAAUCUGCAUUUUAAAUUGAUAUUGCCAAGGUGCCUUCCAGAGGGGCAAAGCAAAAGGGAGAAGUUGUUUGGGUCCUCCCUAAGACACAGAGGACUGGAGGAAGACCCCCUGGAUCAUUAAAAGGGAGAAAGGAAUUUUACGUCUCGACCCUUGAGAACCCAAAAGGCCCCAAGUCAGACUGCCUGGCCUGAACUUGGCUGGCGGGCUCCCAGAAAUGCCGGGUGAGGGUCCUUCUACCCGGGUGCCGACAAGCUGAGCCUGAAGCCCGGCUCCGGGCCUAGCGCGGCUCAACGCGCUGCCUCCGCGGGCCCGCGAGGGACCGGGCCACACGCGGAGCCACGCGCAGCGUCACGUGCGGGCUCGCUCCGCCCCGGCGUCGGCGGAGAAAGGCUCUGGCCGGGCGGCGGAACAGGAGCGCCUUUGUCCGCGGCGUGGAGGGGCCCCAGCUGCAGCCUGGCCGCGGAGCGCGGCCGGCUGGCCGGCGGGCACUGCACUGCGGCAGCCGAGGGAGCACUUCCCCGGGCCGGGGGAGCCGCGGGGAGGGGGAGCCGCGCAGCUCCAGGUUGGCGGAUGCCCCCCCCCCCCACGCCGAUCGCCCGCGCCCAAUGCCCGCGCGGCUUUUGUCAAAGCUGUCCGAAGUUUGUCUCCUCUGGAGGUAAAAUUUCUUUCAACAAGGAUUGACUUGGCCACGACGGACAGAAAAGAACCGUGAGCUCCAGUUUUUCCGCCCUGGGAGCUCAGGCGCUGGGAAACAAGGAAGGCACCCGGAGUUUGCCCAAGAAGAGCUAAGGAGCAGUGUGGACAGUAGGCGCGCCCCGGGGAGGGCAGAGGAGGAGAGAGCUGGCCUGGCCGGGGUGGCUGGAGCCAGCUGGGCAGAGUGGAGGCCGGAAAAUGUCCGAGCCAGGUGGCUGGAGCCGUGGCGAGGCCACAUGGAAACAAGGUCUGCAGAUGCUUACUGGGCAAAACGGAGCUGAAGACCCGGAGGACAUUGCUAAAGCCAAAAAGAACAUAAUCCAGCUCAGUAGACAAUUUUUCAUUUUUUUCAGUUUCGUAGCAGAAAUCUUUUAUUAAAGUGAAAUAUUAUGUAUAACGUGUCAAUAUAAAAUGGAUGAAAAUAUAUGCAGUCCU